GGCAAAUCGACCGAAGUUAGGUGCGCGAACCGGAUGCAACCACACAGCACGAGACCCGAAUAAACUUUACAAGCGUAACAGUAACCCAACUGGAUCAACUGAACAGAGGUCUUCCGUUAUCCCUACUUGCUACUCUUGCGGUGUCAGGACAUAACAAUGGCGAACCCUAUAUUCUAGCCACGUGUCCUGCUCAGGAACCACGAAGAUGGAGGCAAUUGCAUGGCGUUCAGUGUUGUCUCUUAUAGUAGUCUCGUCAUUGAUGGUGUACGAAGAGUGGGUCUCAGCUCCCUCUUGCAAAAUCAUACCUGGACCGGAUCCUUACGAGCACGAAUCAGGUCGGGGCACUGAGGAGUUGAAAGUGAUGCUUGUUGGUGAUUUGUUAUUGUUAGGGUCCGAAGCUGGUUUUGUGAAUCGAUAUUUUAGAGAUUAUUACAUGGCCAAAUUCUUCAGGAAAUCUUUUGACAGUUUGAACCCUGAUAUGCUGCUAGUAUUAGGAGAUGUUUCUGCUAGAGGGUCAGAAUCGACGAGAAGUAAUUGGUUGCCAGUAUUCAAUCAAUUUGAUCGAAUGUUGGGACCCUUUCUUGGUCUUCCUUUCCAUGUUACUUUGGGUGAUAGGGAUAUCGGAGAGUGCAGUGGGCUUAAUCCACAGUCUGUUAAUUGGAUAGCUGGGAAUUUGCCUGGCUUGGAUUCAGCUGGUUGUGGUGCAUUUGAAAUUAGUAAUGUCAGCUUUGUUUCAGUGAAUGCUGUAGCACUGCUAUGUGGUAACAAUAAACUAAGGUUUAGUGUUGAAAAGGUCAUAGAGAGGGAGAGAAUAGAUCUAAGAAUGGGUGAAGAAGGCACUGCAGAGGCAAUUAAUUAUUCUGGUAAAUUCGGUAAGACAUACAAUGACUUUGCCAGGAGAGAAAAUGAUACGUCAUCCUUAUCUGGCCCUGUUCUAUUGCUUCAUUUUCCCUUGGACCGGAGAGAUGACGGCAAGUGUUCACACGAGAAUUCAAAUACUCGUGAGAGCAGGGGGGUCUUAGGGCCCGGGCCUUAUGAUUUGUUGCACACAGUACCCCCUAAUGCUACCAAAUACAUUUUCCAAUCUAUCAAGCCAAGGAUCAUUUUCAGUGCACACACCCAUGAAUUUUGUGAUCACACUCACCAAGAUGGAACUCGUGAAGUAACUGUGUCAGCCAUGACAUGGAAGGCAAGGGAUGACCCGGGGUUUGUUGUUGCCACCUUCCAUGGGAACAGAAGAGAAAUGAUACGUCCGGACAAGAAUAUUAUUUGCCUGUUGAAUGACCUUCCUUAUUCCAUACUUCCCAUUGCAUGUUUUUCCAAGGGCAACAUUUGUUAAACCCUUAGUUGGAAAGCAAAUCCAGUUCCAUCUUAACACCCUUUGUAUGCCCCGAUAAUAAUAAUUAAAUAAAGUGUUAGAACUCAAAUGAAAGAUGGUUUUACCAUUACAUGAAUAUUUAAUGUGUUGAUUCUAGUUGUGGAGGUGGAGAUAUCCAUUCUCUAGAAUGAUACCAAUCAAUGAGAUAGAGGUGACUGGCUACUGGAAGAGCCUCUUUGAUCUUGAA